AUGUCGCAAGGGUACUCGGCAUUCAAUCCCGUCUCACAUCAGAACAUCGAAGACUCUGUCAAUUUGAACGAGCGUGGGACUCGGAACCAAGACUCAGCCGUCGAUCUUAGGGCUUUCUCCCCACACCAGACGUACACGCGCUCAAAGUUGGAUGGCCAUCACAACGUCGACAUUGACGCUUUUAUCCAGACUUCACCCUCCUCACAGGCAUCAAACACAUCCUCCCCCAACGCAGACCCUUCCAUAUUCAGCAACGCCAACUCACCACGGGACUUCGCUCAGGAACACAGUCAAACCAACUCGCCCGAGACGACUCAUGCCAUACCGGCUCGACAGAACACCUCUCGCAUGUCACAAUCCGAAACACCAGAUGCUAUCCUCAUUCCACAAUCUAUAAACCCGCCCCACAUGUCAACCUCUUUCGACAAAACUAGGAUCCGCUGUGAAACCCAGAUCAAAGCAAGUAUUCAUUUGGACCCUCUUCCAGAUCAUGUCCGCUUUCUCCGCUUUCCCCGUCCAAACGUCGCUAGGAUAAAGCAGUUAGCGACUGAUGCAGAGGCCAGAGAGAACGAAGCACAUGGCAGCACCGUCCGUCUGGAUAUCUGUCUUGUCCUGGCUACUGCAGUGGACUCGCCGGACCAAAUGAAACUCGCGCUUCGACGCGCCCGGGGUGAAGCCAAAACUCAUCGUAGACCAGCAGGGGUCGCCAUCUCUGAUAUCAGCAAGGACGACGUGUGCCAUCCAGUGAAUGGCGGUGCAGUCCUCAUCUGCGAUGGCUGCAAGGCACGCGAGGCGAAGCGUUUUGAGCGAAAGAAGAAGCGCACUCAAGAAGAGGAAGAUGAAUGGGAACGAUACGCGGAUGAGCGCAUCAUCACCAUCAACGAGAAGGAAUUCAAAGAGGUUCAGGAAAUGAAUUCUUCAGAUCCCAAGUUUUCCCCAUUGGCCAAAAAGGUGGAUUUUGCUUUGCGAAUUGUGUGUUACUGUAGGCAUCAGGAGGAGAAGUCUCCAGGUGGCUACAGAAUCAUCUUCACCCUGCGCGACACACAAGAGAAUGUGCUUCACCAGCACAUGUCGGAGAUCAUACACAUUACGGACGAUCACAAGGAAAAGAAGUCGACCGAGGUCAUAUCGGCUCCUUUGCUGAUUCAAACCCAACCCACCCAACCGCAGCAGGUCUUCGUGCCAACGCAGUACGCAUCUAACGUGGUUCCCGUCUACCAAUACAACACCAACGCUUUCGAUCCAUAUUCACAACCAACUACCCCGCUCUUGUCGCAGUUCCAGAACUCAAUGGUGCCAGGCGAUCUACAGUUCAAUCGGAACGUCGAUCUUUCUGGAAUACCUCAGACGCCUUAUCAAGCUCCGCUGCAGGUCUUCUCUCCAACCACUAUUCAAGCUUCUGCCAUUCCCACCCCAGCUCAAACUCCAACAUAUGCCAGCCAUCAACGUCACCAGAGCAGCUAUUACAACACCCCGAUGAUGAGUCCAACAGAUCAGGUUCCGCCCCAGGUUGGAUAUGCACUGCACCGGCCCCACUCCAUGGACACUUUUAGCCAGCAUUUCAACUACAACUACACGCAGCCAAGUCCCUCGCAUCACCAAACAUUCGCGUCACAACCCCCAUCACGCGCUACUUCCCGACCGGCCUCUCCAUCGUGGGACCAAGGCGGUACAAUAAGCAAGCGCAUGCGCACCAACACUACCUUUUUUGUGGGAGAUGGUUUUGAAGAGUAA